GUAGAGAGCAGGGAGCCCACAGGCGCUCGUGGUGGCAGGUGCUACCUGAGCCCUUGGGGACACCAGGCAAGGCCCUGACUCCUCUUCCCUGGAAUGCAGGGCGUUUGCUAACCUCUGUCUAGAGGAGAUAAUCCCGUUCCCUCUCGUUGCUCCAGCACUUCUUCCAUCAGCCAAAGGACUGACCCUACAGCCUGGCUGGUAUUGCUGAAAUCAGGGAAGAGACCAAGCCCGAACAGCCAACUCCUGGGAGCCUGCAAGCGGCCCACCAGCCAUCUUCCGACCCUCACACCCAUGGGUACCAGCCUGCCUCGAUGCUAUCACCAACCCAGCCUGGAAGGCCACAUCCAGAAGACAUGACUGCCCCCCAAGCCACCUCUGCUGCAGCAAAGCUCCAACCACCUGUUGUGUUUAAUCACGUAGUUGGGCACAUAACACUUUCCGAACACAAAGGUGUCAAAUUUAAUUGCUCCAUCAAUGUACCUAAUAUGUACCAGGAAACCGAAAGUGUUUCCUGGUGGAAAGAUGGGAAAGAAUUGCGCGGAGCACAUAAUACAAUUACACAGUACUAUCCUGAUAAUGAAGGAACGUCAAUAAUUGCAUUCUUCAGCAUAACCAGUGUGCAGCGCUCAGACAGCGGGUUAUACAUGUGUAAGAUGAAAGUGAACAACAUCGAGAUUGUGUCUGACCCCAUCAACAUCGAGGUGCAAGGACUUCCCUACUUCACUAAGCAGCCUGAGAGCCUCAACGUCACCAGAAAUACAGCCUUCAACCUCACCUGCCAGGCUGUGGGCCCCCCUGAGCCCAUCAACAUUUUCUGGGUUCAAAACAGCAGCCGCAUUAAUGAACAGCCAGAAAAAUCUCCCUCUGUUCUAACCGUUCGUGGUCUGACAGAGAUGGCGAUCUUCAGUUGUGAGGCCCACAACACCAAAGGACUCACCGUGUCCAAGGCUGUGCAGGUCAACAUCAAAGCAAUUCCCUCCCCGCCGACCGAGGUGCACGUCCGCAACAGCACAGCGCACAGCAUUCUGGUCUCCUGGGUCCCUGGUUUUGAUGGCUACUCCCCACUCAGAAACUGCAGCGUCCAGGUCAAGGAUGCUGAUCCUCUGAGUAAUGGCUCAGUCACGACUUUUAACACCUCUGCUUCACCACAUCUGUAUCAAAUCCACCAGCUGCAAGCCCUGGCUAAUUACAGCAUCGCUGUGUCCUGCAUGAACGAAAUUGGCUGGUCUGCAGUAAGCCCGUGGAUCCUGGCCAGCACGACGGAGGGAGGUGUGAAGAAUGGGCUCGUUCUCAAGAGGCAGCCCAGCCAGGUGUCCAAGGAUGUGUCAAGGCUGUGGAAAGAAUUCUCUGAAGAAGUCGGCCCUAACAGCAGCCGGGCUCAGAUUUCGGUUCAAGUCUACAAUGCCACGUUCUCAGUGAGGAUUGCUGCUGUCACUAAAGGGGGCAUUGGGCCUUUCAGUGACCCAGUGAAGAUCUCCAUCCCUGUGCAGGGUGGGGUAGACUAUGCCCCGUCAUCGACCCCGGCCCCUGGCAACACCGAGCCUGUGCUCAUCAUCCUGGGCUGCUUCUGCGGAUUUAUUUUGAUUGGGUUGAUUUUAUACAUUUCUCUGGCCAUCAGAAAAAGAGUGCAGGAGACAAAGUUUGGGACUGCAUUCACAGAGGAGGAUUCUGAAUUAGUUGUAAAUUAUAUAGCAAAGAAGUCCUACUGUCGGCGAGCCAUUGAACUUACCUUACAAAGCUUGGGAGUCAGCGAGGAGCUGCAAAACAAACUAGAAGAUGUUGUGAUUGACAGGAAUCUUCUAGUUCUUGGGAAAAUUCUGGGGGAAGGAGAGUUUGGCUCUGUGAUGGAAGGAAAUCUGAAGCAGCAGGAUGGGAGCUCUCAGAAGGUGGCGGUGAAGACCAUGAAGUUGGACAACUUCUCACAGCGAGAGAUCGAGGAGUUCCUCAGUGAGGCAGCUUGCAUGAAGGACUUCAGCCACCCUAACGUCAUCCGACUCCUAGGCGUAUGUAUCGAAAUGAGCUCCCAAGGUGUCCCAAAGCCCAUGGUGAUUUUACCCUUCAUGAAAUACGGGGAUCUGCACACCUACCUACUGUACUCCCGGCUGGAGACCGGGCCAAAGCACAUUCCUCUGCAGACACUGCUGAAGUUCAUGGUGGACAUUGCCCUGGGAAUGGAGUAUCUGAGCAACAGAAAUUUUCUCCAUCGGGAUCUGGCGGCUCGCAAUUGCAUGUUGCGCGAUGACAUGACCGUCUGUGUGGCCGACUUUGGCCUGUCUAAGAAGAUUUACAGCGGUGAUUACUACCGCCAAGGCCGCAUCGCGAAGAUGCCCGUGAAGUGGAUCGCCAUCGAGAGCCUGGCAGACCGAGUCUACACAAGUAAAAGUGACGUGUGGGCAUUCGGCGUGACCAUGUGGGAAAUAGCCACGCGGGGAAUGACUCCCUACCCGGGCGUCCAGAACCACGAGAUGUACGACUACCUGCUCCACGGCCACAGGCUGAAGCAGCCGGAGGACUGCCUGGAUGAGCUGUACGAAAUCAUGUUCUCUUGCUGGAGCGCCGACCCCUUGGACCGACCCACCUUCUCCGUGCUCAGGCUGCAGCUAGAAAAGCUCUUGGAGAGUUUGCCCGACUCGCAGGACAAAGCGGCCGUCCUCUACAUGAACACCCCGCUGCCGGAGAACUGUGAGGGCCUGGCCGAGGGCCUGGCCUUCGCGCGGCUGGACAUGAACAUCGACCCCGACUCCAUCAUCGCCUCCUGCGCCGGCGCCCCGGCUGCCGCUGUCAGCGUGGUCAAGGCGGAGGUCCACGAGAAUAAAGCUCAGGAAGAAAGGUACAUCCUGAACGCGGGCAGUGAGGACUGGGACGACCAGGCCGGUGCCCCCUCGGCCUCCGCGCCCGCGGGAAAGAGCGGUGUUUUGCCGGAGGACAUAUUGGGGCGGAACGGGGUCUCGUGGUCCCAUCGCGACACGCUGCCCUUGGGGCGCGCGUCCUCUGAUGAACUUCUAUAUGCUGAUGACUCUCCAGAAGAGUCGGAGGUCCUGAUGUGAGCGGAGUGAAGUGGCAAUGGCCGAGCCCCAGGGCAUCCUCCUGCCUAGGAAGAUUCAUCUCUGCCUGAUGUUUUUCUUUGAACUUCCUUUAGUGUGUGGGAGAUUGAGCCCUGCUUCCUGGAACUAUAUGCUGAGACCCUUUGAUUUUCUUUUUUCUUUUUUUUUUUUUUUU